AUGGAAACAGAAGGGAUUUGGAGGGUGAGGCAUCUGUUGAUGACUGUAUUUCUUCACACCUUUGCUACAAUGAUGGUGGUUCCAGCCAUCACCGAUGUCACGAUGUCGGCCCUGUGUCCCGGCGAAGACGAGUGCUCCGUCGCCAUUUACUUCACCGGGGUUCACCAAGCCGUGACGGGGAUGGGGACGUUGGUGACGAUGCCGUUGAUCGGAAAUCUGUCGGACAAGCUGGGGAGGAAGGGUGUACUCACAAUUCCCAUGAUUCUCACCGUAAUUCCCCUGGGGAUAUUGGGGUAUGGGAGAUCCAGACGGUAUUUCUAUGUUUAUUUUGUGUUCAAGACUCUAACUAGCAUCUUGUGUGAAGGAACCGUUAAUUGCUUGGCUCUAGCUUAUGCUGCCGACAAUGUACCGGAACGGCAGCGAGCUUCUGCCUUUGGAAUUCUAUCGGCGAUUGGAUCUUCCGCUUUCGUCUGCGGGACUCUCUGUGCUCGUUUUCUCUCCAUUCCAUCCACUUUUCAGGUAGCGGCUUCCACGGCGGCUGCGGCGGCAGUAUAUAUGAGGGUUUUCCUUACGGAUUCCGUCGCCGAUUGCAAUCUUUCUCCUCCCUUACUUUCCAAGGAGAAUAUUGAAACUGUUUCUUCCGAUCGAGUUUCGCCCGAAAAAGAAGAACUACUCACCACCUUGCCCUCAGUGCUGGACCUUUUUGCCCUGUUGAAGACUAGCUUGACAUUUUCACAAGCGGCCAUUGUUGCAUUUUUCAGCAAUCUCGCUGAUGUUGGCCUUCAUGCUUCGAUGAUGUACUAUUUAAAAGCCAGAUUUCACUUUAACAAGGAUAAGUUUGCUGAUUUGAUGGUGAUCUCUGGGUCUGCUUCAACUAUUUCACAGCUACUUUUGAUGCCCAUCUUGGUUCCUGCUCUAGGAGAGGAGAGACUGCUCUCUGUUGGGCUCUUUUUCAACUGCAUUCAUAUGCUUCUUUACAGCUUUGCUUGGGCUGAGCGGGUUACCUAUGUUGCUGCAAUGUUUUCCAUUUUGUUUAUUUUCUCGCAGCCUUGCUUGCGAAGCAUUGUGUCGAAACAAGUCGGUGUGAGUGAGCAGGGUAAGGCUCAAGGAUGCAUUUCAGGCAUAUCUUCCUUUGCCAAUGUUGUUUCUCCAUUGGCAUUCUCCCCUUUAACAGCUUUGUUCCUCUCUGAAAAUGCUCCAUUUUAUUUCCCUGGAUUUAGCAUCAUGUGCGCUGGAUCUGCUGCGAUGAUAGCAUUUGUUCAGAGUAUGAUGAUAAGGGUGUCUCCUUUCGAAGCCAGCAGUAGCAGAAGCCGUGUGGAAGUCUAGUUCUUCUUCUGCUUCCACUGCUUACAUUUUUGUUGUUAAAUAUUCAAAAAUAGGAAAAAUGAGGGAUUAUUUGAUAGUUCCCAAGAAUAGUUUUUUUUUUUUUUCCUCAGCUGCUUUUGUAAAUAGCAUAUAAGCUUUAAUCGUUAUUUAUAAUUUUUUUAGAAGGGAAAACAAUGUCCAAUAAAAGUUUUCUGUAUAU